AUGAAGACGGAAUCACAGACACAGUCCACGGGCGAAAACCCCAAUGAACAACUUCGUGUAGCAACCCUCGAGGAGCUACAAAACCUGCCAAAUGUGGCAGACAAAUUACCCGGGCGAGUGUGGCUGGCUUGCUUGAUUGCUGCCGCUGAACGAUUCAGCUUCUACGGUGUGCAGUCUAUGUUUCAUAUACGGAAAACAGAAAACUCAAUCCAAUACGGACUCAGCGAUAGAAUCCCCGGAGUUCUUGGCCUCGGCGAGGCAACAGCUACCCGGAUCAAUUAUGCAUUUACGACGAUUGUGUAUCUGCUGCCCAUGCUCACUGGCGCCGUUGCCGAUGGGUGGUGGGGAAGAUAUAGGAUGAUCAAAUGGUCAACUGGUGUUUACCUGAUUGGGCUGGCAACCAUGCUCCUCACAUCUAUCCCCCCAGCUAUGGAAGCAGGCGCUGGACCCGCUGGUUUCAUCACUGGGUUGGUAUUAAUUGCGAUUGGACUUGGCGGGUGUCAGUCGACCAUUGUUCCUUUUAUCGCGGACCAAUAUGACGAGGUCAGCUCUCGGAUUCAAGUCACACAAAAGGGCGAACGGGUGGUGAUAACCCGAGACCAAACACUUACCUAUAUCUAUAGCGUCUACUUUUGGAUGCUCAAUGUUGGCUCUCUGAGUAGUAUCGCCACCACCGUCUUGGAAGAGAAGGUUGGUUUCUGGGCAGCAUACAUAGUGUCGUUCACUUGCAUGUUGUUGUCGGUUAUUCUACUGCAGAUUGGCGAUAAGACAUUUGUACAAACCCCACCCUCUGGAACAGUGCUCCCAACUGCAUGCAAAGUCGUGGGCUGUUCAAUUAAGAAUGGAUUCAAACUAAAGGCAUCAUCUCCGGCGUAUCAAAAAGCAGUUUAUAACCAAACCGUCCCAUGGACCGAGGAAUUUCACGCUGGGAUCUGCUCAGGUUUCAAGGCUGUCAAAGUCUGCUGUGCUUGGCCAGCCCUUUGGCUCUGCAUUGGCCAAGCCUCUAGCAACGGCAUAUCCCAAGCUGCCCAGAUGCAAACAAUGGGCAUCCCCAAUGACGCCAUCAAAACAAGUAAUGCAAUCGCCCUUGUCAUUCUCGGAAUAGCAGUCCAAAAGGUAUUAUAUCCAGCCUUGGAAAGGCGCAAAAUCCAAUUCAAGCCGAUGGCCCGCAUCACCGUUGGAUUGCUGUUCAUGACCCUAGGCCUUGCAUACGGAACCGCUGUGCAGGCGAUGAUCUACCACGCGGGACCUUGUUAUCAGUACCCGACAGAGUGUGAAGCCUCGGACCAUAGACUUCCUAACCAUGUGAAUGUCUUCGUCACUCUACCAAUGUAUGUGCUGAUCGCCCUAGCGGAGAUCUUUGCAUUCAUUACGGGGAAUGAAUACGCCUACAAGCAGGCCCCGAAGGAUAUGAAGAGCGUGGUUCAGUCUAUAUAUGCACUUAUGACCGCAAUUGGUUCGAUUCUCGGAAUUGCUUUCUCUCCGUUGUCUCACAAUCCCCUCCUGCUUGUGAGCUGGGGUUUGGUGACGGGAAUUAUGUUUGUGGUAACUUGCCUCUUUUGGGUGAUCUUCCACAAGUACGACAGAAGAUAA